AUGCCCAGCUCCAGUGUAGAUCAUGAAAUUUGCAUCCUCAAUGAUUUGCAGGUCGCUGUUGAGAUCGAUUGCAGCGAUGGAUGGCAAGUGGUCUACCCAAGUGGAACCUUGAAAGUGGUGAGUCCGACCUGUCUCCACGGCCGUGUGCGCGACGAGCCGGCGAUCCGGCAAUCCAGACGGCCGGGUCUGGAGUGCCGCUUGAAGAUUUCGGAGUGUCUGCAAGACCUAAAAGCCCGAAGCGAUUCUUGGCUAGUGCAGCAAGAGCAUUUCAUCCGAGAGGAAGAGGAGGCAGGCGCUCAGAGAGAGAAACUUUUGAGGCGCAGAGCAUGGCAUCUGAGAUGGCGCCGUUUCCUUUAUGUUGUGGUUUGCGCUUGCGCUGUAGGCUACAUGCCACCGAUCGGCCUGUCCAUGGCUCUCGGUGCCGAAGACCUUUGCCAAAAGGUAGCUGUGGGCUAUGCUGGGUCGUUGUGCAUUGGUGCACUCACUUUAGGUGUUGCCUUGCUGGUGCCACGUUCGGCAGGAAGUGACCAGUGGGCAUCCAAUAUUUGUCAGCGCCAUGUUCGUUGUGCAAGCCUUGCGUCGAUGCUAGAGCGUCACUACGGAGCAAUGUAUAUGGCUAUCCUGCUGCGGAUGCUAGAGCUCUACGGAGCAAACUAUGUGUUUUGUUUCCUCCUGACGACAGGCUUUUGCACGGUCACUUUGUAUGCCGGCAUCAUCUACUUCAUAUUCUAUCAUCACGACCCUGUGCCGUCCAUGCUCGCAUUCGGUCCAAUUCUUGGCCUUGUGGCCCGUUCUACAUUACCCGGAGGCGUCGCUGCAGCUGAUGCUCAGCUUCGCGCGAGGGAGCAGACUAUUGUCUUUGAGGGCAGGGUCAUCCGGAAGCAUGGGCAAGAGUGUGUGGUCUCUUGGCCUGGCAAAUAUUCAACAGCCUGGGACAACUUGGUAGGCAGCGCGGAGACUGGUUCGACCAGUGCAGCAGUGGUUUUUCUGCCGGAAGGCACGCCGAGCUAUGGCAAGCACUGCCCAAUCCCAGACUCCGAAGAAUUGGAUGGAAGCUGCUGGUGUUUCCCUAUCUACGGCGAGGAAAAGCCCUGGGGAUGCCUCUGGUGGGACCAGUGGAUGAAAAAUGUAGAAGAGGCCGUGAGCAUUGGGUCCGAACUCCAUGUUUACUUCUUUACUGACUCUUGUGGAAAAGGAAUGGUGGAGAGCUUCGCCACAGCUGGCCAGGAGCACAUUCGGAGAGAUGCCAUCUUUAAGCGGGUAGUCGAGUUCGAGCAGUCGGAAAAGUACACAAGUGCCAUGGCGGCUGGGCUCGGGAAUCUUUGCCAGAAAAAGCGAUACGACUCGUCCUCGCAGUUCAGCCGUGAGAAGCACCGCUUGUUUCUGGAAUGGUUGCCGGCUGACGACCGUGAUUUCCUGCUGAAGUCGGAGGGACUGGGGAACUCGCAAAAAGCCGAAGUGGCGUGGCUGCAGAAGCGUGGCUACCCGUACAAAGAAGUGGAUGUCAAAGCUUGGUUAACAAAGCCUGAACCUGAAGUAUCCCGUCUUGGUUCUGAACGUCGCGACGUGGAGACCGAGUUAACCCUCUUGCCUUAUCG